AUGGUCAGUUCCUGCUGUGGCUCUGUCUCCUCUGAGGAGGGCUGUGGCCAAGGCUGCUGCCAGCCCAGCUGCUGCCAAACCACCUGCUGCAGGACCACCUGCUGCAGACCCAGCUGCUGCAUCUCCAGCUGCUGCCAACCCUCCUGUGGUGGUUCUAGCUGCUGCCAGCCAUGCUGCAGUCUCUGCUGCAGCCCCUGCUGCCAGCCAUGCUGCCGUCCCUGCUGCAGCCCCUGCUGCCAGCCAUGCUGCAGUCCCUGCUGCCAGCCAUGCUGCCGUCCCUGCUGCCAGCCCUGCUGCCAGCCAUGCUGCCAGCCCUGCUGCCGCCCCUGCUGCCGCCCCUGCUGCUGCCUGCGUCCAGUCUGUGGUCAGGUCUGCUGCCAGAGCACUUGCUACCGCCCCACCUGUGUCAUCUCCACCUGCCCCCGCCCCAUGUGCUGUGCCACCCCUUGCUGCUAA